AUUAUCUAUAGCCGUGGACUAGACGUAAUUCACUCUGGUGGACAUUUUUGACAUCAUGGAUCACAAAAAUUUUUUUCCUGCGAUGAUCCAAUCGUAGUUUUUUCGUUUUAGAAAUUAUAUGGACCAAAUAAAUGAGACUUUUUAAUGCUAUUUUAUUUUCUUCAAAAAUAAUAAAAAAUAUGCCUAAGAAAAAUACAAAACAAGUUCAAGGAAAAUUAGAGACCAUUCAGACUGGACCUAUAACAGUUGAUAAAUCGGGAAGUGUUGUUAUUAAAAUAAAUGCCAAACCGGGUGCUAAAAAUAAUAACAUAACAGAUAUAUGUUCUGACGGAGUUGGUGUUCAGAUAAAUGCUCCCCCAACUGAUGGUGAAGCCAAUGCAGAAUUAAUAAAAUAUCUUUCAAAAGUAUUGGGUUUGAGAAAAAGUGAUUUAAGUUUAGACCGAGGUUCAAGAUCGAGAAAUAAAAUUUUAGUUGUGCAAACUUCAUUAGGCAUAGAAGGCAUCACUGAAAAAAUUAACCAAGAAAUCAAAGAAAAUCAUUAACAGGAAUAAAGGAUAUGAUGAACUUAAAAUGGAUGUUAAAAUAACUAUAUAAGAAAAUUUAAUAAUAAAGAAAGUGUUAAAAUCCUUAA